AAUAUUUGUAAUAAUACAAAAGCAAAGAUCGAAAAUAAACAAGAAACAAAAACCGUGUUAUGUAGCCGCCACAAAAUGCCACAGAAACAUACUCUGACUCGACGACGACGACGCCUGGAAUAGUCUAUACAAAUAUAGUCCCCAGGUCGCCACCGCCCCCGAACCAGAGAUCUUUUUCCGACAUAAACCCUUUAUAUAGUUAGUAACCAAGAUAUGGGUAAGUCGCAAUACAAACCGAAAAAAUACAAAUCAAAACCAAUACCAAGAAUACUCCAUACCCGAAAGUAAAGUUAACCAAGUCAAGAAUCGCAACUGAAUAAGCUCCCUUGAAGAUUGUACAGUUUUUGCAAAGACAAUAUAAUGGACAAGAUGCUUUACACUGCUAAAUGCCAGCAUAUUCAUUAUAUUCUCUCUGUUUUUUUUUUCUUUUGCACAAAAUUGUACAAUCGUAGAGUUACAUAUACAUAUAUAUUUGAAGAACCCCCCCGAUGAUGCACUCCCCCGAUUCGGUACCAUAACUUGGAGAAGCUGCUGCCCGGAUCGGGGGGCGUGCCCUGCCCCGCCACUACAUGUACGUCUAUGCUCGUAUUAUCCAAAGGUUCGAGAGGUGCCUCUGGCUGAGACAGACCCGCUUGCGAUCUGCCGACGAACCGAAACUGAAACCGAAACCGGGACCGGAACCUGGACCGGAGUCCGGAGUCCGGGACGUGUCCUCCUCCGUGUCGGGAAAUGGAGAAAGUCAAAGCCGAAAGUUGCUGCCUGCCUCUGCCUCUGCCUCUGCCUCUGCCUCUGCCUCUGACUCUGCCUCCUCCUUCCCUCAAACGAACGGUCGUUGGUUGUGUGUUGUUGUGUGUGUAGUCGUCGUCGCCAUCCAUCGUCCAAACUCAACUCCACUCCGCUCGUCUCUUUGGAUCUUAGGAUCUUAGGAUCUAAGCUCUCAGUCG